CUGAUCUCUCUCCUCCUCCUGUAGGCGGCUGCGUUUGCCUCGACAAUGGGUCACCCGGGGCCGGGUUUUGCCCACAUCUCCGUGGAUGUCAACGCCUUGCGGGACGAGCUGGGCAACGUGAGCGCGGAUGGGCUGCGCUGCCCCGGCCUGGGUUGGUCUGCGGACACUAACGGGACGUUGCCGGGGCUGGGCCCGGGGUGUAACUGGUGCUGCGGCUCUCCGCUCUACAGGAUCCUUGCGAUCGGCUUCAUGGCCACCCUGGCCGGCGCCGUGGUCGUGGGCAACGCCAUCACAGUCACCGUGUUCCUCGGCACCAGGCAGUUCCGGACCCCGCAGGGUUACCUGAAGGUGUCUCUCGCCCUGGCCGACCUGAUGGUGGGAGUGCUGGUGGUCCCGUUCUCCGUCUACACCGAGAUCGUGUGGAUGUCUGGCGGGGGGGCGCCGCCGGUCUGGGCCCUGGGUUAUUCGGCCAGGGGGGUAGGAGGAGGGGGAGGGUGGUGGUGGCCCUGCCACCUGGUGGGCCUGGUGUUCGCCGGCUGCACCUUCGUGUCCAUCAGCACCAUCUUCCUCCUGACGGCGGAGAGGAGCGUGGCCAUCCUCAAGCCCCUGCAGAAGGACAUGGUGGUGACACGCCGCAGGACCCUGGCCACUAUCGGCUGCUCUUGGCUCGCUGCAUUCGUGCUGGCCGCCGCGCCGCUGCUGUUCAGCGACCACUUCACCCUGCAGUACAACGAGUGCAGCCGCAUGUGUAACUACGCCCCGGUGCCGCCGCCCUCCACCCCCUCCACAUGGAGCAUCCUCCUCCUCUUCCCCGCCUUCGACUUCACCCUCCUGGGCGGCACCUUGGUGGUCAACGCGCUGUCCUUCAGCACCAUCCGCCGCUGCUCCAAGAGGCGCAAGUUCCUGGUGGAGGCCGACAACUUCCCGGGACCCCGGCGCCCCUCCUUCUCCGACAUCAAAGCGGCCAAAACCAUCGCCAUCGUCACCUUCGCCUUCGCCGCGUCUUUCAGCCCCAUAGCAGCGUUUGUGGCGGGCAGUGUCAGCGGCUACUGCUGGUGCACCUUCUCCUUCUUCGCCUUCUGGAUCCUCGCCUCCAACAGCUGCUGCAAUUUUGUCAUCUACAGUGUCAGUGACCAGCGCUUUCGCAAAGGGGUGCACCAGUUAUUCUGUAAAAACCUGCACGCUUUGCCAGAAAAAGAACUGAACGCGCGGCGCUUUGGAUUUCCCGUAGACCUACAGCAAUAAUAACAGUGACCACCUUUUUUCAUCCACGGAGUCCCAAAGUCACCCAACUUUUUUUCCAAAUGUUUCCCUUUGCAUAAAACAUCAGUGGGAGGUCCGUUGACGUUAGGAUUGAAAUGCACGAUGGCCGGCUACGGGUGUCAGCACUCGCCCCCUGAGUUAGAGGGUCGUCGCUUCACCUUGGCUCCGAAGACAGGGACUGGGGGGCAAUAUUUCUAUUGCGCUUCUAAGGUAGGCGUUUCACUGACGGACACGCCGCCUUCCAGAAAUGUCGACGGUAGAUGGGGAAGAUCUCACGGCGUUUGUUUUGUGCAGGUAGUUAGAAAGUGAUCUUUCAGUCAACUUCACAAAGACAAAGCAAUGCGUUGUAGCCACGUUGGUUUUGCAGAGCGGGCAGUGAGUGCCCAGACGCGUGGCUGCUAUGGAACUAGGCUUCAGAUCAAGUCGCUGCUGCAUGGAGCUUCACAAUGCCCCAACGCGGAUAUAAACAGCACACGCUUUUAUUGGUGUCGUUAGAUGUAAAAUACCAUUAUUUUCAUUUGUAAAUGUUGUUCCUUCCCAAACCACCCACUCUAAUUUUUAAAGCUGAUUUUAUAAUAACUCCUGGGUCUGUGCGGAUGUUUAACUUAAUUUAAUGCAAACGUUGCAUUUCACUUUCAACCUGGCGACCUUUUCCAUGUUGACUAACAUUGCAAACGUUAUCAAAUGCUAUUAUAACGAGCAACUGGUAAAUGAUAAUGACCAUUACAUGUAUAUAUUUUACUACCGUUUGUACACAUUUUCUACUGUAACAGGUGCCCGAUUCCACAUUUUAUUGUAUUUAUUAACACUGCUGACUGUGAUUUUGAAAAUCAGUCUGUGACAGAUAACACAAUUCAGGCAAAUACACUUAGCUGAAUGCCACCUUACAAAAUAUUUAGGGGCAAUGGGUGCUGACUGGGGGAGCUCCAUGAAAGCACAAUGGAUGGAGACACAAAGAACUGCAGACGCUGGAAUUGUUAGCAGAAGUGCUGGAGAAACAUCAGGCAGCAUCUGGGGAGGGAAUAGACGGGCGAGGUUUGGGGUCGAGACUCUUCUUCAGACUGAAGCCUGACCCGGGGCGUUCUGCCCUCACUGGGUGUUUUAAUUAAAGCAAAUCUUCUUUCCAAACUAGUCAUAAACAGUUAAUGCUGUUAAUCGGUGUAAUGUUAAAAAUAUUGGAUGGCGCGCGAAGAUUUCGUUCGCUACAAUAUUUCGGAGCGUCGCGCGAAGUCGCGCACAACUGCAUACCCCUUCCGCGCUUCUCAGUGGGACCGACCCCGCGCGGCCACACGAUGCUCGUGCGCCUCAACGCGACGACGAGGUCGCGUAAUUUGCGUGCCAAGGACACGUAAAGUGGGACAGGCCCAUAAGUCACUAUGGGGAGUAGGUUAUGGGGAGAAUGGGGUUCAGAGGGAAAGAUAGAUCUGCCAUAAUUGAAUGGUGGAGUAGACUUGAUGGGCCGAAUGGCCUAUUUCUGCUCCUAUUACUUAUGAACAUGAAGAUGGUCAGCCCACUCGGGCAAGGGGAGAGCAAAUCCAAUGGUUCUAGGUAGGAAAGAGCUGCAGAUGCUGGUUUAAAUGGAAGGUAGACACAAUGUUCUGUUCUUAUUUCUCAGACACAUUAUGAUAUUCUCUCUUACACAUCAAUCCCCUUUUGAUUUCUUUCUGCUAUUGACCGACACCCAUGGGUAAUUGUCAGCAGCUAAUUAACCCUUUGGGUUGUGUGAGGAAGCCAGAGAAAAUGCAUGAGGUAGCGGACAGGCCAAGUCUACACACGAAUGAGGCCACUUGAUGUAAGGAUAGAAUCAUCCUCUGUUACUAGGCAGGACAGUCUGGGCAGCUAAUCUGAGAACAUGCUCCUCAUAAUAUUGAUGGUUGAAGCAGUUGUUUUGUGUUGCCAACAAUCCCACAGAAUGUUCAAAAGGGCAUGGUUUCUGAAUGUCUUGAUGAGCUGCUCUUUGCGGACAAACAUCAGCAAACGUAAGGAUCUGUGCAUGGACUUGAAGGUCCCAGUCUUGUUAUUGUCUGUCUGCAGUAUUUUCCAGGGAUGUAUUCAGACAUUCACUCUGAAUUCCAGUGGCAGGGUUUGUGGCAGUUCCCCAAUAUUCACUCUGAGGAGUCUGAAGAAAGGCCUUGACCCGAAACGUCACCUAUUCCUUCUCUCCAGAGAUGCUGCCUCACCCGCUGAGUUACUCUGGCAUUUUGUGUCUGCCUUCGAUUUAACCCAGCACCUGCAGCUCUUUCUCACACACCUGGCCCUGGAGCAGCAUCUCCCUUCACGCCACCAGCAGCAGCUGCAAGAAACGACAUUACGUUUUUUACGGAGACGCAAAAAAAAAAAAAACUGCUGAUGCUGGAAUCUUGAGCAAAACACAAAGUGCUGGAAGAACCCAGCAGGUCAGGAAGUAUCUGUGGAGGGAAUGGACAGACGGCCCCAUCUUCAGACUGAUCAGCCCCCACCUAAAAUGUCAUCUGUUCAUUUCCUCCACGGAUGCUGCCUGACCUGCUGAGUUCUUCCAGCAGGUCGUGUUUUGCUCAACAUUAAGUUUUAAUUGUAUUUUUAGAUUAAGUAUUUAAAUGUAUUUAUUUUUAUUUUAUCGUUUGAAAUUGAUGAAACAAACAACAGAAACGGCAAUUUGUACUCGUGUAGCUGCUCGAAUGUAGUAAAUGAACCCUGGACAUCUCCGGGAGUGUUACCAAGCAAAAACAGUGAACCUGGUGUCAGUGCAACAGAGGGGUGAUAGUGGAGGAUGUCUUGGUAUGCGUUAUGAUAGAGUUUUAGAUGAUUUCAAUCUUAUGUAGAAUAAAAUGAGGGAGUAGGAAAAGACAAAGUGCUGGAGUAGGUGUGGGUCAGGCAGCAUAUAUAGAUGACAUGGAGAGGUGACGUUUUGGGUCGGAAUCCUUCUUUAGACUAAUUGUAGUAGGGGGAGGGGGUGCAGGAAGCUGGAAAUCCAGCACCUGCAGUGUCUACAUAGAAUGAGGGGGGUUGGCUGGGUUGUUAGUGAUCGUCUAGAAAUACCAUCGGCAUGAAUAAGGUUUGCAUUGGCUGAUGAGUUGAUGUGGCCCCGUGGUUUGAAGUGAUAUUGCUGAAGUGAAAGCAGGCAUCCUCAGCAAUGAUGUGGAUAAAUGAUCUAACCCUCGUUUCAGAAUCAAGAAUGACUCCAAAGCUUUCACAAUGACAUCAGGUGCUUUGGGAGUUAGUGAGAGUUACCCAAGGAGAAGACUAGCUGUUAAACCUUUUUAAGAUUCAGAUAUGUGAUGUAUUUAAAGUGGUUACAUUUUGCUUCAUAACACUCAGAUGGUCUUGGCAAAUUAAAUAUAAUUUGUUGUUAUUUUAUGAAUGAGGCAUUUUAAUGACAUCUAUUUUGUAGCACUUCAUUAUAAAAAAAAUGUGCACUUUAUUUGUUCCUGCUUUCUACAUAAAGGAAUGUGGUAAAUAUUUUACAGCAUAAGAAUAAAAAAAAAACCAGUAAUGUUACAUCCUUGUUGGAUUAAUUUAUUGUAAUGCUUUAAUAAAGCGAAAGUGCAAGUGGUAGAGGAUGGUGAAUAUUUAGUAUAAUUAGAUGCCGACUUCCACAAACUCCAGGCAAACAUAACCACCAGCAACUUCCCCAAAGAUUGAACGCAGGCCCAUGUAGUGUGCGUCUCUCAACUGGUAUGGACCCAUCACCAAAAAAUGGCUUGUGUCCAGUUGUCAUAGCCUCAGAAUGAAAGGACGUUCUUUUAGAAAGGAGAUGAGCAAGAAUCAAUUUAGUCAGAGGGUGGUGAAUCUGGGGGAUUCUUUGCCGCAGAAGGCUGUGGAGGCCAAGUCAAUGGAUAUUUUAAAAUCAGAGAUAGGUUCUUGAUUAGUACGGGUGUCAGAAGUUAUGGGGCCAAGGCAGGAGAAUGGGGUUGGGAGAGAGAGAUAAAUCAGCCAUGAUUGAAUGGCAGGCGAUGGGCCGAAUGGCCUAAUUCUGCUCCUAUCACUUAGUACCUUACAGUAAAACAUCUAGAAUCAGCUGAUUGACUAUUUGGGAAUCGCAAUGAUUCAGCUUUUGGUUUAUUUAGAGCUGCACUCCCAUUAGGAAAGCGAGAGAACCUUUCCUUCAUCACACCAGGGCCCCAGUACCUGUAUUCCCAUUAACACACCAGCAUCACAUUUCCUGUGUUCACUAUAACUCAUCAGGGCUCCUGUUAUAUAUUGGUUGUAAGUACAGCAAAUGCAUUGUCAUCUACAUCUAAUACAACAAAGUCAUGCAUAACUAAGAGAAACAUCUCAGAUUUUUCCUUGGAACCCGAGAGAUUCAUCCUCCAAGUGAUUGCAUGGCAAUCUCUUUUCCUCCUGUUGUGUCCAUUGACUGCAGAUUAAUUUCUCCUUAUUGUACCUGCUCUCUCUCUCUCACUCUAUCUCUGGCUUUGGACCAACAUUCACUUUUCUAUUUGAUUGUACAUGAUAACUAACAAUUUUAAUAUUCUCAUCACUUAACUCAACUGUACAUCUUUAUGUUUGAUUUGUUCCUUCUUUCUCAAGCUGUAAAAACACAGAUGCUGGAUAUCUAAAAAGAAAGCAGAAAAAGUGGAAAUACUCAAAGCUGGACAACAUUGACCUGAUGUUUUCAUUCAUCUUCCAUUAGAACUACCUGACCUGCUGAGUAUUUGCAACAUUUUCUGUCUCUGUAUUACUCAAAACCCAAUCCCACACUUAAUAUGUGUAGAAAGGAAUUGCAGACGCUGGUUUAUACCAAAGAUAGAUACAAAGUGCUGGAGUAACUCAGUGGGUCAGGCUCUGGAGAAGAAGAAUGAUUGAUGCUGUGGGUUGGGACCCAUCAUCGGAGAGGUCUGAAGAAAAGUCCCAACACAAAAUGUUACCCAUCCAUUUUCUCCAGAGAUGCUGCCCGACCCCCUGAGUUACAC